AUGAACCAAGACAUGGACAGAGUCGACAGAGAAUUGGCUAAACUAUGGAUACCUAUUAGGAAAUUUUUAAAACGACCCGCCGAAUCAAUAUCAUCCCCAGAUACCGCAGAACCAUCCGAAAAAAUACAGAAAACUCCAAGCACAGCUGAGUAUACUGCCACAGGCUCGACCACAGGUCAAGAAGGUGGUUCUCACGUUUCUGAAGCAGACAUUAGUGAUUUUAUUUCAAAUAAUAGUAAUAUGCAUCUUUUGAGUGACUCCAAAAAACUUCAGUUAGUAACCAAUUCCUCGCAGCCUUUUGAAACGUUUGAUUUCAAAAAUACAGAUGCAAUAGCAGGCGGUACUAGACAUUUUCGUUUCGAAUGAAGUGAUGAAAAAGUUGAUGAAACAUUUCACACAAUCUAUGAAUGUGCGAAAACGAUUGGCGAAAUCUUCGACAUCGAGUUUAAAAUUCCAAGAAUUGCAGGGCGACAGAUUCAUAGAGCCAAUUAUCAAGGAUCGAUAGAAGAAUACUACAGAAGAUCUUUGUUUAUUCCGUAUUUAGAUUCUCUAAUUACAUCUUUAUCUAUCAGAUUUUCUGAGGAAAAUACCUAUGCUUUUGGGCUGUACCAAUUACAUCCGUUCCUCCUGAGGAAAUUGAAAACUGAUGAAUUUAAUAAAUUUGUGGAAGAAAUAAACAAUUAUUACGAAAUUGAUAAUUUUAAAGAGCAGGCCUAUUCAUGGUUUUAUUAUUGGACAAACCAAAACGAAACGAAUAUUACAGAAGAUACUGCUAUGAUUGAAUUGUUGGAGCACUGUCAAUUUUAUCCAGCCGUUGAUCUAACAAACAGAAGUCUUUUUAAUGAUUCAACAGAAAUUCCUUUAGUGUAUCGUGACGAUUUUAAUAUACAGAAAAUUGAAAUUCCACCCUUGACUAAUGUUAUAAAGAACAUUAACGCCAAUAUUCCUGACGGAACAGAAAUUAUGAUGCCACAGUUGCAUAACUAUAUAAUAGAGAUUUCGGCAAAUAUGGUCCGAAAAUACCAGAGGACUUUGGGUGUCAGAAAAUAUAAAGACUAUAAAGAGGAAGUUGUCGAAGAAGCUUUAGGAAAAGUAACAGAAGAUAAUUUUAGUAUACGGAAAGCGUCAGUACAAUAUGGGAUUCCAUUUGGGACUUUGUACAACAGGUACAAAGGGCUCCACAUUCGUUCAGUAGGACGUCCCACAUUAUUCACUCCACAAGAAGAACUUCAACUCGUCAAAAGCGCCGCUACCUGUGGCGACUGGGGAUAUCCCUUCUCCAAAGAAGACAUGCAGUUCUUAGCCAAAAACUAUCUUGACAAGCAGGGCAAGAUAAUACCUUAUCUAACGGAAAAUAAGCCUGAAAAUGAAGGUGACAUAGGCAAUACACUAAUUGAUUUCUUGAAAGAGCAGAGGUUUGGUGGGGGUCCAAGUACCUCAACAAGGCAAAAAAAGAAAAUGGUAAAAGUCGUUCCUGGCAAAAGCGUAACGCACGUUACAGCAGACUCAGAAAUGUUCGAAGAAGGAACCAUGCAAAAUGAAACAGAGGAUGAAGCUAUUCACGAUGAAGAUGACGAACAAGGAAGAGAACAAUUCAACGAAGAAGAAAAGGAAAACGAAAACUGCAACACUAAAUCGACCGAAAAUUUGGAAAGUACAGAAUUGAAAAUUGGAUCGUUUGUCUUAGUUAAAAUGAGAACUGUCAAUACAAAUGUCGAUAAAUACUUUAUUUUAUUUGAAUGGGGUUUCAUUGAUUUUACGGGCAAAACUGAAGCGUGA